AUGGAGCCCAAGCAGAAGAAGAGAUUUAUUCAGAAGUAUAGAAGGAGAUUGGGAAUGGAAGCAGCUAUUUUAAAUGUUAAUGGAAAGAUUUGGUUGUUCAUUGAUGCUAUGGUGGAAUGGGAUCUAUUAAUUGACACUGAACAAAUGCUAACAAUCAGAGUGUAUCAUAGGGAACUUGGUAAGUAUAUUAUGAUGACUUUUGUCUAUGCUAAAUGUUGUGCAUUAGAAAGAUUAGAAUUGUGGGACAAUUUGUAUUAUUUGGCUAGUGACAUGGAGUUGCCCUGGCUAGUUGGAGGGGAUUUCAAUGUAGUUCUUGGAGAAGAGGAGAAGAUAGGGGGGCUGCCAGUGUAUCCACCAGAGUAUGAGGACUUUGCCUUUUGUGUUAACUCAUGUGGGCUUUUUGAUUUGGGGUAUAAAGGGAGUCCCUUUACUUGGUGGAAUGGGAGGUCUAAUGAAGAAUGUAUUUUCAAAAGAUUAGAUAGGAUCCUUGUAAAUAUGCCUUUCCAAUCACUGUUUCCCACAAUUGAAGUAGAACAUCUCAUCAGGACAGGUUCGGAUCACGCACCUUUACUAAUGAGUUGUGGAGAGGAAGCCAUGAAGUUUGUCAAGCCUUUUAAAUUUCUGAAUUUCUGGACAAAACAUGAAUCGUUCAUGGAGGUGGUGAAGCAGAAUUGGGUUGCUGACUUUAUGGGAGAUCCGUUCCUGAUGCUCAAGCAGAAGUUGAAGAGGGUCAAGAUUGUUCUAUCAAAAUGGAGCAAACUAACCUAUGGUGACAUUUUUAAACAAUUAGCCAUCAGGGAGGACAUAGUGAGAGUUAAGGAGAUGUUGUUCGAGGAAGACCCUUCAUCACAGAAUAGGGUAGUUCUCCAACAGGCCCAAGCUGAACUUAAAAAGUACCUGAGCAUAGAGGAGCAGUACUGGAAACAAAAAGCAGGGAUGGCAUGGUUUGAAGAAGGGGAUAGAAAUACAAGAUUUUUUCACAAUUGUGUCAAUGGGAAGAGGCAAAAGUUAAAGCUGAAAAGAAUUCAAAAUGGUGAUGGUUCUUGGAUUGAAGAUCAAGAAAAAUUAUCUGAGGCUGCAGUGGAAUUUUUUCAGAAACAAUUUACCAUGGAAGGAGAUCCGGCAAGCUUUGAUAUACUGAACAACGUACCUUCAAUGGUAUCAAUGGAGCAGAACUUGGAAUUAUGCAGAUUACCAACUAUGGAGGAGGUGAAGAAUGCAGUCUUUGCUCUUAGUAGUGAGAGUGCAAGUGGCCCAGAUGGUUUUUCAGGCCUAUUCUUUCAAGCAUGUUUGGAGAUCGUCAUGGAAGAUAUUCAUGCAUUGGAGAUUGUCACUGACAUAAGACUAAGAGGGAAGCCUGCUAAUGUAGUAAUCAAGUUAGACAUGGCAAAGGCGUAUGAUACAGUGUCAUGGAAAUAUUUGUUGCAUGUUUUGAGAAGAAUGGGGGGGGUGAAGCAAGGAGAUCCUCUUUCACCAGCACUAUUUAUCUUAUCAGCAGAAGUGUUAUCAAGAACGUUGAAUAGGUUGUGGGAAGAUAGGAAGUUUAGAGGAUUUGGCAUGCCUAAAUGGUCAGAUCCGUUGAACCAUUUAGCCUAUGCAGAUGAUACUAUUAUAUUCGCAUCAGCGGAUCCCUAUUCUCUUCGGAGGAUAAUUGAUGUAUUGACACUGUAUGAAAACACAUCAGGGCAGAUGAUCAACAAGACCAAGAGCUCCUUUUAUAUGCACUCUAAGGUGGCUAGAGCUUUGGUAGAGUCCGUAUCUGCCAUUACGGGUUUUUCAAAAGGAAGCUUCACAUUCACAUACCUUGGUUGCCCUAUCUUUUACACAAGAGGAAGGAAGAAUUAUUAUAAUGACUUGAUUCAGAAGGUUAAGGCUAAGUUGCACUCAUGGAAAGGCAAAUUACUAUCCUAUGGAGGCAAAGCCACGUUGAUUUCCAAUGUGUUACAAAGUAUACCUACACAUAUCUUAUCGGUGUUGGAUCCUCCUGAUAAUGUGUUGGUACAUCUCCAUAAGAUAUUUGCAAGAUUUUUCUGGAGAAAUAAGGAAGAGGGGAGAAGUAGACAUUGGACAAAAUGGAUGAACCUAUGUCUUCCUAAGGAGGAGGGAGGAAUAGGUUUUAGAUCCUUGUUUGAUGUGUCCAAGGCAUUAUUUGCAAAACUAUGGUGGAGGUUCAGAACAUCAAAACCCCUGUGGGCCAAUUUUAUGUGGAACACGUAUUGCAAGAAAGAAUUACCUACGGUAGUUCAGUUUAGAGAAGGCUCUCAUGUGUGGAGGAAAAUGCUAGAAGCUAGGGAAGAAGUGGAGCAUGAAAUUCUGUGGGAGAUGAAUAGGGGUUCCACCAAUGUAUGGCAUGAAAAUUGGACUGGUUUAGGAGCAUUGUAUCAUGUGUUGCCCCCAGAUUUUCCUAUUGAUGAAGAACUGCAGGAAGUGUCGGAUUUGAGAACUGGAGAUCAAUGGAAUGAUGAGGUGCUGAGUCAAAGUUUUCCUGAAGACAUUGCUGACCAUAUUAGACAAGAGGUACCUUUUUAUAAUGGAGAUGACUACUGGGAUACUCCUAAGUGGAUGCCCUCAUCAUCAGGUAAAUUUUCUGUAAGUAGUGCAUGGAGAAUAAUGAGGCACAGGGAACCUGUCAAUCCUGAAUUUGCAAAGCUAUGGACCAAAGGGUUACCUUUCAAAAUAUCGUUCUUCUUAUGGAGAGUGUGGAGAGGAAAGGCUGCAGGAUUGAUGACUACUAUGGUACAGGUGCACCAGGUUAUAAGGAUAUGGUGGAAUGCAAAAUGCUGCCCAAAGCUAAGACCUAUAUUUCAGGCAGCUCCUGCAGUAAUUCUAUGGGAAAUCUGGAAGAGAAGGAACACUAGAAAACAUGGUGGAUCAGUGUCCUGUAGUAGAGUCAUACAUGAGGUGAAUAAGGCGUUGUAUUAUUUGGCGAAGGUGAGGUAUCCGUGGCUCCAAAGGAUUCCAAUGCUUUGGCCAGAAAUGAUACGAUUUUUUGAGAAUUAUAAGCCAGUGGUAGUCACUCGACGAGUUACAUGGACAUUGCCAUAUGAAAAAUGGUACAAGUGCAAUACAGAUGGGGCAUCAAGAGGGAACCCGGGCCCAAGCUCGUAUGGAUUCUGUGUUAGAGAUGAUAGAGGGGAUUUGGUGUAUGCAAAAGCAAGGGAGAUAGGUGAGACAACAAACAUUGUAGCUGAAGCUAAAGGAAUUAUAGAGGGAUUGAUAUACUGCGUGGAACAACAGCUUCACCCAUUGAUCAUGGAGACGGAUUCAUUGGUGAUGAAGAAGAUAAUUGAUGAUGAAUGGGAGACACCAUGGUGUAUUGGAACGGAAGUAAGGAAGAUCAAGGAGAUAAAGGAGUCCUAUAAUGUACUAUUCCAGCAUGUGUAUAGGGAGGGCAACAAAGUGGCGGAUUUUUUAGCUAACCACGUGUUCUUUUUUGCAGGUACUGUCACAUUUCAGUCAUUCCAUGAGUUACUAUCGGAAGGAAAGGCUCUAAUUAAUAUGGACAAAGCUCAAAUACCUAACCUUAGAGUUAGGAUUGCCAAAAGAAGAGCACCAGACUAA